AGAUCCCACAUUUCAGGUAAAAACAUCGUCUGGGCUCUUUGCCAUUUUAGCGAAUGUGGAAAGUGGGAGGAGCUCUUCUCAGACCUUAAGACUAUUGCUUUAGUGGAAUGCUUCUCGUAAAUGUAUAAGUGAGGAAAGAAACUCCAUUCGUAUCUAUCUACUACCCUAAGCCGUUUAUGCAUUUUCUGUCCAUCAGAAGAUCAACACCUGUUUCUGGAGGAUUCCAUUGAUUUAAGGGAUUAGAUGGAUGAUGGACCAUGUGGGAUUCAGUAGAUGACAAGAACACAAAGGAAUCCACCUAACAGAGACAACCCACAUGUUGCAGGAAAUACAUAUAAUAAUAUCACAAGAAACGGAAAAAGAAGCAGACAGAGACACCUCUUCUUGAAUUUAACGCCUUACAUUGUGGUAUCUUCCAUCUUCUUUACUGCCUCAUGGUGAAAUCCAGUGCAUAUAUGAUUAUUUAUCUGAGGCGAAGAUUCCUUACUUCAUCUUGAUGCGACUACUACUGGUCCAACUUUCAUUGGAUCGGUUGAUUUGAGGCCGUUGUUCUUACAUUUUGGUGUCCCACCUGUUCUUUUAGUACUGUUUUCCUUUUUGUUUCUGGCAAUCAGAAAACAUAAAGGCAAUCAGUCAUCCUUCUCAAUAACAUACAAAGAUUUGGUUUUCAAGAGAAUCUUCUAUAGAAAGCUAGACGUUUACUUCUGUCUUAUUAAGGAGAAGUACUGGUUCUUUCAUUUAUAUCUUGGCUGGUUUGGGAAUUGCAUCCAAAUUUCUUGCAGUGGGUGUCAGCCUGGAGCUGCAGAAAAGUGAGUUGAUGUUAGAGAUUGUAGGAUCUUACUCCAAAAAGCCAGAAAAGGUCCUUGCGACUCUCUAACUUGAAAGUUGUUUCCUUUUUUUGAAUCUGAGCUGGUUUUGGAAUUUUGGUGUCAAGAUUUGGAAUUUGAAUCUGUAGUAAGAUUCAGGUUUAGUGGGGGAGGGAACAAGUUGGAAGCUUUUGCUAGUUUUGUCAAAGGUGUCACUAAAGUACUAACUAUCAGAAAACAUUUUCAGCCAGAAGCUUGGUGAUGUAUCUUCAGAUUUUCAACAACCCAUCUCAUGGCUUAGCUCAUUUAUGCUACUCUAGUCGGGUUUCGUGUAGGGUAAGACUGAGUCGUGUCCUUGCCAUGCCACCGUCUUCAGUCCUCUUGCAUAUGGACGAAAGCAAUGAUCUUCCCAAGCCCAAGAAGGGUUUUUGUCUGAGUGAAGAUUCGAGAAACAGUUUAAACAGUCUUCCUGCAGAUUCUUUGCUUAGGCAGGCCAACACAGUGGGGAUUAUCGGAGGCGUUUCAACUGAUUCCACUCUGAAAUUUGUGAAGAAACUCGUGGAUUGGAGCUCAAAUGAUGGUAAAAGCUCGUUACCUUUUGUGCUUUGCUCGGAUCCUGCUCUCAACAAGGAGCUUCUCUUAUACGAGGAAAACUCGUAUCCUUCUCUUUACCAUAGAGAAGAGAGUACUCCGGUUGAUCCAAAGCUAAUUGUGGAAAAUCUAAGGAAUAAGAGGAGAUAUCUUGAGAGGUGUGGAGCUAAAUUAAUCUUAAUGCCCUGUCAUAUUGCACAUAUAUGGUAUGAAGAGGUAUGUGAAGGGAGUUUAGUUCCUCUGCUUCACAUGGGUGAAUGCAUUGCUAAAGAACUGCAAGAGGCAAAAAUGAAGCCCCUUGAAGCUGGGAAUCCUCUGCGUGUAGGUGUGAUGGCCACUAGCGCCACGUUAUCAGCAGGGUUCUACCAGGAGAAACUCCAAAGCAAUGGAUUUGAGGCUGUGCUUCCAGACAAGGCAACAAUGGAGCACACGGUGAUCCCAUCCAUAGAAGCAAUGAAGAGAAAAGACAUGGAAGGAGCACGGAACCUUCUGAGGAUAGCGUUGCAGGUACUGCUAGUGCAGGCGGUAAACGUGGUGAUGCUCGGGUCAGAUGAGAUGCGGGACCUCUUGCCUGGGGAUGAUCCUCUGCUAAAGAAGUGUGUUGAUCCAAUGGAUGCACUAGCAAGGUCUGCCAUCAAAUGGGCAGAGAAUAGAUGCUCUUAAGGGAGUUUGUGUGUGUGUAUAUUUGUGAAUAGAAAUAUAGCUCGGCUGGGAUGAAAUUAUCAAGUGUAAACCAGUGUUUGAUAGAAAACUCAAAACCAAAGUCUCAACAUGUAUUGGUCAAAACAAGUGUGAACAUCUCCAAAGCCAAAAAAGUCUGAACAUGUGUUGGCUUGGAUGCAAUGUGUAAUAUCCCUUAUUAUUAAUACAGACAAUUAUUAGUGGAAUAAAAAGAUGAAUCUUGAGAAA